AUGAUCCCUCGAGCCUUACCAUACGUUAACUUCAUCGUAGCUACUUCUGCGCUCUUGUUCCAGACGACAGUGUUAUUUCCUUGGCAUCAUGUCUUAAGUGAUGAUUUUGAGAGGUUGAAAGCUGAACAAGCCCGUCAAUUGGAAGAAUAUCAUCAAGAGAAAAGACAAUUGUUGGAUGCACUACAUCUCAAAUUGGAGGAUUUGACUAAAACCGUCGCUCCUGAGAAAUUUAAAAACGCUGGCAGUAGGAUUGUGGAGUCGGCCAAACAGAAUCAGAAUCAGCAGUGA